AAAAGUGACUCCCUCUAUUCUCUCUUUUGUAUUUCUAAUAAAAUUUUCGAUUUCUUUUUGAAAGUUAACAAACUUUACCAGUUUACAGCAAUCGCAAUGGAUUCUUCAGUCGUGGAGGGCGGCGCAUCGCUCCGUUCACCGGGUACCGACGCUACAAACCGUCGUGUUUCUUAUUUGUUCGACUCUUCCAUCGGCGAAUAUUAUUACGGCGAGGGUCAUCCAAUGAAGCCUCACCGUAUUCGUGUUGCCCACAAUCUUAUUUUAAACUAUAAUCUUCACCGUAAAAUGGAGAUAAUUGAACCGUUUCCGGCGACUAAGAAGGAAAUUGGGUGGUUUCACUCGUCGGACUAUGUGGAGUUUCUCUCUUCAGUUUCUCCGGAGACUGUUAAUGACAAGUACGAUUCCUACCAGCGUAGACGCUUCAAUGUUGGUACGGACUCGGAAAGCUUUGAUUGUCCUAUUUUUUAUGGGCUUUUUGAUUUUUGUCAAACUUCAGCUGGUGGCUCAAUUGGCGCCGCCGCUAAGCUUAAUCGGAAUGAAGCUGAUAUAGCUAUCAAUUGGGCUGGUGGGUUGCAUCAUGCAAAGAAAAGUGAAGCUUCUGGAUUUUGCUAUGUCAAUGAUAUUGUUCUUGGAAUUCUAGAACUUCUCAAGGUCCACAAGCGUGUAUUGUAUGUAGACAUUGAUGUUCAUCACGGGGAUGGAGUUGAGGAGGCUUUUUACACCACUGAUCGGGUUAUGACAGUGUCUUUCCAUAAGUUUGGAGACUACUUUCCUGGUACAGGGCAUAUCAAAGACAUUGGUGCAAGUACCGGGAAGUACUAUGCCUUAAAUGCACCAUUGAAUAAUGGUAUUGAUGAUGAAAGUUUCCGUAGUCUAUUCCGUCCUGUAAUCCAAAAAGUGAUGGAGGUUUAUCAACCUGAAGCUGUUGUUCUUCAAUGUGGUGCUGAUUCACUAGCAGGAGACAGGUUGGGUGUCUUUAACUUGUCUGUUAAAGGCCAUGCAGAUUGCAUUCGAUUCCUCAGGUCUUUCAAUGUCCCUUUAAUGAUGUUGGGUGGUGGAGGUUAUACCGUUAAAAACGUUGCUCGGUGCUGGUGCUAUGAGACAGCAGUUGCAGUUGGAGUAGAGCCUGAUAAUGAUUUGCCUUACAAUGAGUUUUACGAGUAUUUUGCCCCUGAUUAUAUUCUUUAUCAUGAAUCAUUACAUAUGAAGAAUGAAAAUACGCCCUCGGAACUAGAGAGGAUCAGGAACACUUUGCUGGAGCAACUCUCGCGUUUACCCCAUGUACCCAGUGUUCCAUUUCAAGUGACACCUUCCGUAACAGAGGUUCCAGAAAAGGAAGACGAAAACAUGGAUCAAAGGCCUAAACCAGAGAUAGAAAUGAGCCAAGAUUACGAUACUGACAACGAGGAGAAGUCAAAUAACGGAAAGUUCAGUAAUUACUACAAUUACUUUAACGACGAGAACUGACAUGAGGUACUUUCGUUACAAAGUCAAAGAUGAGGAGAUGAUUUGAUUGGAAGCCUCUGAGACUAAGCUGUUCAACAUAUGUCUACUGACAAAUUUUCUGUUUAGUUAGGAUGAGAAAUGAUAGGAACUCAUAGUAAGAUGUUAUUAAUAGUGAUGUAAUUAUAUUACACUAGUUCUGGAAAAGUGCCUUGCACGUUUGACCUCUGUUACUUAUAAUUUAUAUAGGUCCAAUUCU